CGCUGACUCACUGAACCCCUGGGGUACAUUGAGACUAGGUUGAGAAUGACCCUCCUCAUAUAUUUGACUCUGGCUGAACAGGGGACAACAAAACGCCAGCGAGCCUCUGUCACUGGCUCUCGUCCCGCCUGCCCUUCUUUGCCCACCCACCUACCCAACAGCCUUCCCUGUAACCUAAACCCCCGCCCAGCCCACUGGCGGCUCGCCAGCGGUCUCUGGCCACGUCUCAAACUUGGCUUUGCAACUUGUACACAGCCGGACGGGACGGGACACAAGGUGGAGGGAGGUUGGCCAGCAGAACAGAGCAGAGCAGAGCAGAGCAGAGCAGAGCAACUUCUUUCAGGGAAGAAAAGAGAGUGUGUUGAAUCACAGAACUAAAACUGGAGGUCUUGGGAUAGGGAAGCCAGCGCUAGCACCGGCUCCACCUCAAAACAGUGCAAUAUCCAAACAGAAAGAAAGCACGGACAGCUUGCGACUCCACAGAGGAAAACCAUCAACACCAAGAUAAUAAUUGACAAGCAAUCAUGCCCCGUUACAGAGGGAAGCUUAACACUAUGAUUUUCCUGCUGAUCCUGCAGGGAGCAGCGGUGGUGCUCCUCUGUGGCUGGUACAUCCGACUAACCCCUUGUGACUCCAAUCCAUCCAAUGGGAAAGUCCACGUUUUGCUUCUGUCAUCGUGGCGAUCAGGAUCAUCCUUUGUUGGUCAGGUGUUCAGUCAACAUCCGUCUGUCUUCUACCUAAUGGAACCUGCCUGGCACAUUUGGACUAAACUCAAGAACUCUGGCGCGCAGGCAUUACGCAUGGCUGUAAGGGAUCUAAUGCGCAGCGUGUUCCAUUGCGACUUCUCUGUGACGGAGGCCUAUCUGCCGGAGCGUUAUAAUGUUUCCUCUUUGUUCAUGUGGAGUCACAGUCGAGCGUUGUGCUCACCACCAGCUUGUUCGCUCACACCACGUGGCGAUUUCAGCAAUCAAACUCAGUGCUUGAAAACAUGCGAAGCCAUGGGACAUCAGGGUGUGCAGGACGCCUGCGUUUCUUACAGUCAUGUAGUUUUAAAAUCGGUGCGCGUUUUUGAGCUGGAAUCCCUAUACCCGCUCUUUGAGGACCCGAGCCUCGACCUCCGCAUCAUUCAUCUGGUUCGGGAUCCACGGGCCGUGGUGCGGUCAAGGGAACAGUCUGCCAAAGCUUUCGUCAGUGAUAGCGCCGUCGUGUUGGAGCAGAGGAGCAUACCGGCGGCUGAGGUACAAUACCAAGUCAUGCAGGAAAUCUGCCAAAGCCACGUCCGCAUUAGUGAAAGGGCCCUGCAGACACCCCCGCCGUUCUUAAAAGGCCGGUACAAAAUGGUUCGCUACGAGGACGUGGCCCGAAAUCCGCAAGAAGAAAUACGCGCCAUGUAUGAGUUUGUAGGUCUGGACAUGACAAAUCAGAUGGAAGGAUGGAUUUAUAAGCUGACUCAUGGAAAAGGCAAAGGUUCUGUGAAAGAGGCCUUUCAAAUAACUUCAAGAAACGCUGCCGACGUUUCCCAGGCCUGGCGCACCACGCUGCCGCACAAUAAAGUCAAGCGCAUCCAGGAAGUGUGUAAGGCGGCCAUGUCGCUGUUCGGGUACACGACUGUUAACAGCGAUAAAGAACAGAAGAAACUCGACAUUGAUUUACUGGUACCACGUAAACCGUACCAGUUCAGUUGGUUACCAGCCAGAACAGAGCGCCCUGGUAAAGGUUAAAACAAUGAGUAGUAAAAGAGACUCUUCUGAACUGAAUUCAUUGUUCUAUGUAGUCUUUAUAAGCUGUGCUAGUGGUAGAGUUUGCAUUGAAACACAUUUUGUCCUAUGUCUAAAACUGUCUGAAGCUGUAUUGGUCAUGUACAUUUUCCGCCUUUGCUUUUUCACAGUGUGGAAAGUUUCAAACUUGAAAUAAUAUUGGACCAAAGUGAGAGAAAAGACAGGGCAAAGCAAUCAAAUGUGACAACUGUGACAUGACUUCAAAUUGUACGUUUUGAGAGAUAAUUUUUGUUUGAAUUAAAAAAAAAAAAAAUACCAAGAACGGGA